AUGACUGACAAUGGAGGCCGAGAGCCUCAAAUGAUGCACUUGCGCCAAAGGCAAUCAUCCCGUGGACUGUUCUCUCCCGAGGUCGUCGAUCUUGUAUUACCGCCUCUGAAGUUUGGAGGUUACUCCGGAACAGCUGGUGUUUUGGCCGGUGUUGGAGGCUCAAUUUUCAAGGAAGCAAACCCCAUUAUUUGGGGCGCAGUCUCUGGAUUCCAGUGGUUCACUCUAGGAACAAGUUUUUGGUUCACGAGGGGUAUUGUUCUAAAAGCAUGGGGUGGUGAAGAGAGACUCAGAAAUUCCGAAAAGACAACGGCCAGCGCCAUAUCUGGUACAGCAGCAGGCGCAGUUGGUGGCUUGAUCCGAGGACCUAAGAACAUCCUACCAGCGAUGUUUGUCUGGACAACGGUGGGAGCUGUUGGGCAGAUAAUAGCGAAUCGCAUGGCGGUUCGCAAACCGAAGGUUGACGAUGAGAAGGAGGGAUUCUUCACGCGAUGGACGCCGCUCAAGAAGCUUACAGACCAGGAGUAUAAGGAUAUGAUGUUCGAGAAGAUGCUACGGAUAGACGCUGAUAUUGCGCUCAUUGACGACCGUAUUGUUGAACUAAGGAAACAAGCCGAGGAGGAAUCUAAAAACAAACCUUCACUGUAA